CUACAAAGAACACAAUCCAACCAGCUAUCUUUUGCCGCCCUGUUAUAUUAACGUUCGUAUUUAUCCUUACUGUCUCUUUCAUUUCCAAGACUUAUGGCUCUCCUGCAUUAAAACACUUCACAAAAAACAUUCGUAAUCCCCAAAAAAGAAUAAGAAAAAGUUAUUAAAAUCACAUAAUUUAAACAGUUAUGUUCACGUGGGAAUAAUAUUUAAUACUAAUUAGUUGUAAACACUUUGACAUAGACAAGUAUUGUGUUAUCUUUUUCUAUUAGCCGCAGUUUAUAGCAAAUUAAUUAAAUGAUACUUAUUUUUAAUCUAGAGAGUAAUGAUUGAUUUUACAAAAGAAAAACCUGAAUAAAUCCAAAUGUUUUUUUCUUUCUAUUUGUCUUCUCAUAAAGAGUAGCCUCUUUUUUACCAUUUCAGCCGCUCCCCGCCAUGUUUUCAGAGUCUUCAGCACAGAAAACGACACGCAUGUCACUGUCUUUCUCUCUUCAUUUCAUUUGACUCUGUUCCACUUCCUCACUAAAUUGCUAUAUAAAUAUAAGAGCCUCCCCCUUGAAUUUCAUGCAUCAAUCAAACCCCAAAAUUCUCAAAUACCUCACAAUGGAAAAGGAAGGGAAGGCAGGAACGGCAAGCAGUUCAAGGUGGAACCCAACGAAAGAACAAAUAACGCUUCUUGAGAAUCUUUACAAGGAAGGGAUACGAACACCAAGCGCCGAUCAGAUACAGCAAAUCACCGGUAGGCUCCGUGUGCACGGACAUAUAGAGGGUAAAAACGUCUUUUACUGGUUCCAGAACCAUAAGGCUAGACAACGCCAAAAGCAGAAACAGGAGCGCAUCGCUUACUUCAAUCGUCUCCUCCACAAAACCUCCCGUUUCUUCCGCCCACCGCUUUGCUCAAACGUGGGUUGUGUUAGUCCGUAUUAUUUACAGCAAGUAGGUGAUCAUCACAAUCAACAUGGGCAUGGAAGUGUAUACAGACACAGUAACAAUGUGAUGAAUCCAAGCGGUGGCUACGAUAAACGCACAAUCACAGAUCAUAAGACGCAAUUGUCAGACAUAACUACAACCGCAGCUAGAAUGUCAAUGUCAUCGAGUUCUCUUAGAUUUGACCGAUUUGCCCUUCAGGAUCACGGUUAUAACGGCGAGGACAUUAACGUCAAUUCUAAUGAACCGAAGACGCUUCCCCUUUUUCCACUUCAGCCUUUGGACGCGGCCAGUGAGGAUGGUGUUGGAAAUUCCAAAUUUUCCCCUGGGCGUGACUCUCCGGUGACUUCUUUCGGUGAUGGCGGCGGACGAGAGCAGCCGUUUAUUGAUUUCUUUUCUGGUGGUUCUAGUAGGUUUGCUAAUAGUGCAAAUGGGUUGUAACAAAGGGUUUAAAUGGGAAUAAACAUUUUCUUUUUUUAUCAUUUUGUCAUUUCAUUUACAAAUGGGUUGAAAAAACAUGAAAAACUAGUUUAGUCCAAUCUGAGUAAUUUUAUUUCACAUUUAAAAUAAAAUUGAAGUACAUCUUAUAUAACAAUAAUGUCGAUCAAAACCAAAACUGUAUUACAAUAAUGUCAAUUAUAACAAAUUAGUCGCAUAUCUGGAUUUUUAUAAUUUAGUUUUUUUGAUUUUUAUUUCGAGUUGUCUAAAAGAGAAUAAAAGAUAAAUCAUGAAAAAGAUACAGCGCUUCAAAUACAGUAAGGGAAAUGUGUUUUGUUUAUCCCUGAUUAUCUUCAAAAAGCAAUGAGAGACUUUGGAAAAGUCAAAAUAAACUUUG